UUCUCUCUAUUGUGAUUCAAUUUUCUUUUCCUGAGUUUACAAUAAUCAAGCAACUGAAACCACAUGCCGAUCAAGAUCUCUUAUCUAUUUCUCUUCCUUCCAUAUUUUUUCUGGGACACUGGCUCCACUCGACACGAGGUGCUUCCAUUUUGGACAAAUCUGGAUUCGGAUCUUCACAUUUUCUUCUACAGUUUGAUUGGUGGACAUUCGACAGCUCUCUUCAUGUAUCUACAGGACUUUAUUCUCCGGGCUAGAGUGUUGAAACUUUACAGGCAAGCUUUGAGAACGGCUAGGCGAGGCCCGUCUUCUGCUAGAGGAUGACUGGCCAGGAACUCAUGCCAUCAGUCACAGUUUUUGGGAUAUAAUGACAUGACUUUUCUUACUAGAAUGUGUUUGGACACGAGUGAGUGGCCGGUGAGAUAAAGAGACGGAUUUUUCUGAGGAAGUUAUUCCUGAUGAAAUGCAUUUUCAUUUUAUCAUUCGAUUCCCUAAAAUGGAUAGCUUGUGAUAUGUCUCUUGAGAGAGUAUCAGAAUCUGAAGAAGAGAAUUUGGUUGUGCAAUCCUGUCCUUGUUAUGUAUAGUUGUUAUAUGUGGUCCUUUAACUGAGUUUGAGCGAUAAAUAUCUUAUUGCGAUUUGCAAAUGCAAUGGACUGUACAGCUGAAUUGAGACAGACAAUUAGGCAAGAGGUGGAAAGUAACAGAAACUGCACUGACAAGCAAAGGAUCCGUUAUUUGGUUAGUGAUGGACUGGAAAGAAUGAAACGACUCAACGAAAUGCUUGACAUGCAAGGUCACCGCUGA